AAUUGUGUCCUAUAUGGAUCACGGUAACUUUUAAAUUCCAAUUAUUUUGCUGUGUAUUAUGUGUCAGAAUUUCGAGGAAUCAAAACUUUAAAAAGUAUUCAAUAACAGUGGAAGGGACUUCUCAAGAUUUUAAGAAAUACGUUCUUCUUCACUUCUGGGUGGCGUCACCUCACUUGGGAUGACACCGAUUGAUGGCACAGCAACUUGGGCUAUAUUGCCAGUUAAUUUUCGUUUAUAGUCCAAUGAACUUGCUUUUCACUGGACUACAAGUGAAAACCUCGCUGCGUGACAACGUGGAGUCGCCAAAGUACCGAUCAAAAUUCUUUCUUUUUCACGAAAUACUCAAAAUUUCAUCGCACUAACACGAUACAACGUGUUCACUCGUUGAGGGUUUCGCCUGAAGGGGACCGAAAAUAUCAAAGAACAGUUUCAUCGUCGCACUCAAUAAUCGGACGCGCAAGUAAAUAAAAAUAAAGACUCUGGUUGGUUAAUCUGACAUAACGAUUAGUACAUCAAGAAGUGAUAAUGAACACAUGCGAAAUAAUCUUUCCGGUUUGUACACGGAGCCGGUCUGGUGUCAAUGGGAAAUACGAGAAUAUUGGAAGUUCAGGCAAUGAAAAAGCCAGAGUUAUUGUGUAUUUUUCAUUUUUAGGUGACAAAACUUAGCAUGUAUUGUAUUUGUUUCUUCAUUGAUUAAUGCAGUGAAGAUUCUACGGAACAUUUUUACUGAACUUUUUAGGUGUUUUUGCAUCGACCUUAGUAAUGGACCUGACGAGCGAUCGUUUUUGUUGUGAUUCUCGUUUAUUCCAAAGAUGCCGACGAAACGGGUUUGAAAGAUGAUAGACUGCCCGAGCAGCGAGAAAUACUAGUUUCAACGAUCGACACAGUCACAUUGAUGAUAUGGCUCAAUACCGUGAGAGAAUCUUGAGUUUUGGGCCGGUCCCAAACCAGCGUUGAUCGAAGUUGGGCUUCAGUGUGUCUGUCGACACCACGAAGUGUGGAACGAAAUUGUAAUAUUUUGCCUUUCGGUUCGAUCGGUCUGAGAGUGAUAAGGAUGGCUUUGUAGUGUUGCGUUGAAAAGUAUUCAGUCUAAUUGCGUGUUGUUUAUUUCACUGUUUUCAAUGAUGAGCAAACUAGAACUGUUACAGGUAGUAGGUUUCGUGCUGUUGCUUGCUAGAACCUCCCGACAGAAUCAACAACAAUGCGGAAUACCGCAAAUCGGUGGAAACGAGUUGAUCGUACACGGACAGGACACAGCUCCGGGUGAUUGGCCGUGGCAUGUUGCCCUUUAUCACCGCAAGGGUCGAUCGAAUGACUACGCAUGCGGAGGAACCAUUAUCAACGAGCAGUUCGUCCUGACGGCCGCCCAUUGCGUUAUGAACAGUGCCAACGGGUUUCAACUGGCUCCGAAUCGAUUAUUUGUACGAAUGGGGAUUCACGAUUUGGACGCGUUUGACCCGAAGUCGGUGCAGCAUCAUGAGGUGGGGAAAGUUUACAAAUUUCCAAACUUUACCCGGCUGAUUGAUGACAUAGCGUUGCUCGAGCUGAGCACGAUCAUUCGUUUCAAUGAUUACGUCCAACCGGCUUGUAUUAACCUGGAAUCGAACAUAACAGGAGAACUCGGAACGGUGGUCGGCUGGGGACUUACGGAAGAUGACGAAACGUCGGCCACUUUGAAGCGAGCAGAUCUGCCGGUGGUAGAUCCGGUUACAUGCCUGAAAAGUGAUCGUGUGUUGUUCGGACAAACGCUGGACCAAGGAUUGUUUUGCGCGGGCUACACAAACGGAACAAGCGUGUGCAAUGGUGACAGUGGAGGAGGAUUUUUCAUCAGGAGAGCUAAUACAUGGUUCGUGGGAGGAAUCGUAUCUUUCUCACAGACUCGAUCGGGCGGUACCAACUAUUGCUACACAAAGGGUUACGGAGCCUUCACACGGAUUGAAAACUAUCUCGGUUGGAUGAGGGAGAUCACAAAAAUGCCUCUCGUGGCUGAUACUGAGGUGCGUAUUUGUAAAGCAGAGGAUCCAGAUCCAGCAAAAACAUAUCCGAAAUAUUUUCCUCGACAAUGUGGAGUUUACAUUCCGAAUCGGAUCGUUGGGGGCACAACUACUCGAGUAUUUGAAUUUCCUUGGAUGGCUAUAUUGCAAUCCAAGGAAAGGGAAUUUCACUGCCCAGGAACACUGAUCAACAAACGUUACGUUCUCACGGUGGCCCACUGCAUAACGAAUCAACUGCCGAACAAAGUAAUUCUGGGAGAACACAAACUUGGACAGGAUGUCGACUGCAAUGAAUCCGAUGACUGUGCUCCACCGGUACGUGUGUACCGAAUUGAGUGCAUCAUAACCCAUCCCGGAUUUGCGUUAAGACGACAGCAGCAUGAUCUUGCAUUGAUACGUUUAGAUCAAGAUGUCACUUUCGAUGACCAUAUACAGCCGAUUUGCCUGCCACACACUUCGGAGCUACGGCGUUAUGAACCCUCUCGCUACAUCAUCACGGGAUGGGGUCGAACGGCAGCUCACGGAGAUUCCUCGGAUGUACUUCUAAAGGCUACCAUUUUUCCGACUAAUCGUGCUCAGUGCCAGCAAUGGUUGAGUACAUCACGGAGAAGUUUUGAUUUAGAUGAGGGUCAAAUCUGUGCUGGAGGAAGACUACCAAAUUUAGCUGAUACUUGCGCCGGAGACAGCGGAGGACCGUUGGGUUAUGGUGCCAAACUGAACGGGAUUCGGUUUAUUCAGUUCGGUAUCUCCUCGAUGGGAGUCGCCUGCGGUACCGAAGCUCCCGCCAUUUAUACAAAUGUUUCUCAUUACAUAGAUUGGAUUGUUGCGAAUAUGAAGCCAUAGUAAAGACUUGGACGAAAUUGGAAUUGAGACGGAAUGAUUGAAAUAAAUAUCUUUCGGAUAGUUGA